AAAUGAGAGACAAAAAAUGUCAAUUGCCGAGAAUUCGCUCAGAACGCAAUGUCGUUUUAACUUAAUUGGACGUAAUUGUGAGAAUAUUUGCUUGAUACUCAAAACUACAAUAAAAUGAACAUUUUGCUAAUAAUAAUUUGGAUUUUAAUCGUCGCUGGAUGGUUUUUGUACCUAAAAGUCAAAAAAGUCUAUGAAGAGCUUGAAAGCCAUGGAAUUCCAUACGAAGGUGCAAUCAAAACCUACCUGAAUUUAGCUAAAAUUUUCACAAUGAGGAAGCACUUUUCGUACAUAAUUGAUGAACAGUAUACGAAGUUUGAAGGACAACAAAUCAUUCCAACAUUCAGCCUUACCACCCGCGGAUUUAUGAUUCGCGAUCCUAAACUUGUCAAACAAAUAACAAUUAAAGAUUUUGACCAUUUUGUCAAUCGUGACAGCAAUCUUAAUCCAGACAUGGACAAACUUAUUGGUCGAGUAAUAUUUUCCCUAGCAGAUGAUGAAUGGAGGAAUAUGAGGCACACACUAAGUCCAAUGUUUACAAGCAGUAAGAUGAAAAUGAUGUUUGGAAUCAUAUCAGAAUGUACAGAUGACUUUAUUCAGCAUUAUGAAGAGAAGGUCAAAAAUUCAGACAAAUUAAUUAUAGACUGUAAAGACUCGUACACGCGAUUUACAGUCGAUGGAAUUUGUUCGGCAGUUUUGGGCAUUAAAAGUGAUUGCGUUAAGAAUGAAGACAGUGAAAUUUUUAAAUUUUCUAAGCUGGUUUUGGACUUUGGGUUUUGGUUCAUUUUUAAAUUCUUCCUGCACAUGCUUGCUCGUCGAAUUUACGUCUUUUUUGGAUUUCAAUUCAUCAGAAAAGAAGUUUCCGACUUCUUCUACAAUGCAAUCGUCAAAGUGAUGAAGGAACGUGAGCAGAAUGGAAUCUUCCGUCCCGAUGUCAUUCAGCUGCUCAUGCAAGCCAAAAAGGGUCAACUUAAAGUGCAAGACAAGGAAAAUGAAGUCAACGAUGCUGAAUUGUCGAACUUCUCAGCUAAUAUUGAGUAUGAUGUGAAUGCAAAGAACAAGAAAAUGACUCAUUGGACUGAUGAGCAUUACAUGGCACAAGGAUUUAUCUUUUUCUUAGCUGGAUUGGAAACUACGAAUGUAUUGCUGCAAGUGACAACUUUUUACUUAGCUAAGAAUAAGGAUGUCCAGCAAAAGUUGAUUAAAGAAGUUGAUGAAGUAGUUGCAAGCCUUGAAGGAGAUCAAGUCACAUAUGAAGCACUCCACAAGAUGAAGUACUUUGAUAUGGUUAUCUGUGAGGCACUUAGAAUCAGUGCUCCAGCUGAACAUGCAACAAGAGAAUGUGGUAAGGAUUAUAACCUUAAAUUAGAUAAUGGGAAGACUAUUAAGAUGAAGAAAGGAGAUAUGCUAGCUAUUCCGAUUCGAGCUAUUCAUCAUGAUGAGAAAUACUUUGAGGAUUCUGAGAAGUUUGAUCCUGAAAGGUUCAGUGAUGAGAGGAAGGGAUCAAUUGUUGAUGGAUCUUAUAUUCCAUUUGGAUUUGGUCCUAGGGUCUGCAUCGGAUCCCGUUUUGCAUUAGUUGAAGCCAAAUUGCUGCUUUUUAAUAUUUUGAGGAAAUUUACAUUUGAUGUUUGUGACAAGACACCUGAAAAGUUCGAAUUCAAACCAAUUAUGCGACAUUUUGAGCUUAAACAUUUGAUUUAUGUUGAGUUGAAAUUGAGAAAUUAA